AGCUACGGCAUGUGCCUUUCUGUGUCGGCCAUUUUGUAGUUUCCUUGAGAAAUUGUGUUGAGUUGAUUCAUCUUCUCGGUAAGAAUUUUAUAAAAUUCUAAAACGGCGCGACUCACAUUGAUCCAAAUGAUGUAGAGGAUUGAGGGCAGAUGCUUAUGGCUAACUAUUCAUAGCUUGAGAACGAGGAAUAAGGUUGCGUUUUUUGCGCACAACCGUGUGCGCUCACGGUACUUACACCCGAAGAACGAGCCAGUAAACGAAGCUGCUGAGAACACCUAUUGAUAAAGGCACAUGGAAUCUGGGAUUGUUUCGGGAUGAAUGGUGAUUUCGGGUACGUGUACAUGAAUGGGGACAUCGGGAAGCUCCCACCAGGGGCGGUCUAUCCAGCCACCCCUGAACCUUUGGGUUCUGUUGGGGGUGCAAUUGGAAGUACUGCAUCCAAUCUGGAAUAUAACAUCAUGAACGGAGUUCCAAGUGGAAAUGAAUUAAUGUUGGAAGCAGCUGUUGGUAAUUUGGAACCUACAUUGCAACACGCUAUUGGUAUAGGGGGUGCAGCAGGUUACGGUCCAGUGGAUGUUGCUCCCUUAGGUGAUGUGCCAAAUCAACCUGCUCCAAUGGGUGACAUAUCAGCCCCUGGUAUACCGUUGGAACAACUUAAACAAAUGCUCUCUUCACAACUUGAAUAUUAUUUCUCCAGAGAAAACUUAGCUAAUGAUACAUAUUUAUUAUCACAAAUGGAUAAUGAUCAAUAUGUACCAAUAUGGACAGUAGCAAAUUUCAACCAAGUGAAAAAAUUGACAAAAGAUAUAAAACUUAUAACGGAAGUUCUAAGAGAAUCUCCAAAUGUACAAGUUGAUGAAGAAGGGCAGAAAGUAAGACCUAACCACAAACGAUGUAUUGUAAUUCUUCGUGAAAUACCAGAUAAUACGCCAUUGGAAGAUGUAAAGAAUUUAUUCUCUGGGGAAGGAUGUCCAAGGUUUAUUUCAUGUGAAUUUGCCCAUAAUAGUUCUUGGUACGUAACUUUUGAAUCUGAUGAAGAUGCUCAAAAGGCCUACAGGUUUUUACGUGAGGAAGUUCGGGAAUUUCAGGGAAAGCCCAUAAUGGCUAGAAUCAAAGCUAAACCAAUGAAUAGGCUACCAAUCCCGGCAGUUGCUAGUGUGGGUGGUAUUAAAAAUGGUUAUAGAACAACACCACCACCACCGCCUGUUUAUGAUCCAAAUAGCUAUACAGCUGGACAGCAACGCUUCCUUUAUACAAAUGGUACUACUAUGCCACAAACUACAAUGCCGCCAUAUGCCAAUCAGGUUCAUGUAUAUCAUCAACCAUUUUAUCCUCCUGGAAUGAUGCCUUGGGGACCUGCGAGUCCCGCUUACUUUGAUAUGUCAGGUGUUUUUAUGAAUGGUAUUACACCACAUAACACGUUUAAACCUCAUAACAGAUACAAUCCUCGUCACAGAAAUAAACAAAGAAAUGGAUCUGAAAGGCCAGGCUUAAUGGAUGGUGGCGGUAAUAUGGUGCCAAUGGGACGUACUUCACAUCCGCCUAUAAGUGGGGCACCAAUAUCUUUAGGAGCAACAGUUCCGACUUUUACUUCGAGCUUGCCUACGGUGAAGCCAACUUCUUCUUCCUACCAGACCGGCACAAAGUUCCAUUCCUCACAUACAACUGUAGCAACUGGAGAGGCCCAUUAUAAUAGCAAUCAUCCAAAAGGAUCCCAAGAAAAUGACGCGCAAAUUCUGGAUUCUGGGGUACAAUUUCCGCGUCACCGUAUGCAUCGUAGGACCAAAGACCAAGAGUCAUUAUCAAAGGCUAAUAGUAGCCCUUUACCGUCAAUCAGAGAAUCUACCCCGGCCAGUAAUAAUAACACACAAUGCAACCGAGGGGUACAAUUCGAUUUGGAAGCUUCUGCUUUCCCUCCUCUUCCUGGCCUAGAUGCUGAUCUUGCAAAAUCCCAUAAUGCUUCAGUAGAAACUGUUGGUACAGAUUGUACGCAAUCGCAGAAUAGGCUUUCAGAUGUAGUUAAAGGUACUGCAAAAUUGAAAAGCGUCAAAGAAAAAGAACCUACAGGAACUUCACAACAAUACCAUCAACAACCAACAAGUAACAGCAGUAGGUCUGCAAGUCCAGGGUCAAGUGCUGGUGGUCAUGCUGGUUUGCUAGAAGCUCCAACUGGUUCUAGCAGUACAUCAACAACUACUUCCGUUGCAUCUACAAAUGUCAGCUCUAAUGCUUCUGCUAGCAACAAUGACUCCACAGACAUCGCUCUCAGCACCAUCACUCUCACUCCCCCGUCAUCUCCUGAUAAGUUUAGUCCUUUAUUAUUGAAAUGCACCGCUGACAGAUCUGUAAAGACUGACGAUUCAAACAUGGUGAAUGGAGUGGACGAGGCUGUUUCAAAUGCACACACAGUGGAAGAUUCUGAACAAGUAUCUAGGUGUGAAUGUAAUAUCCCUACUGCCUCACAAAAUUCCCAGUCACAAGUGGGAGGAACUUCUACUUUCCCUGUAGAUCUUACAAGACCGAGUUAUGCUCAAGUAGCACAACACUGUCGCGAAUUACCUUGUACAAAACAUAAGACAGAUGAAAGGGAUGGAAAUGUGUAAAUCAAUAUAUACUACCGCAGUGAAUUUCAAUAUUUAGCUGUUAUUCUUCAUCUGGAUUAUAUGGAUUAUGUACCACUGCUUUUAUCCUAUACUGGAUAUAGUGGGUAUGAAGAAAACUUUUUACAUUGUACAGUGACUUCGCCUACAAUGAAUGUGGUAUCAAUUAACUAUCAUACAAAAAUUGUUUGAAGAAACUCUAAUUCGCUGCAUAUUUAAAAAAAAAAAUACGUUUGCUGGCAGGAUAAUACAUUGUGUAGAAGAGUAUUGUUAAUGCUUUGGUUCUGUGAUUUUGGAGGUACAUAUUUGUUAGCUUGUAAAAAUGUUAAACUAAGGUAUUAAUCUUUUAAUUCCUUUCUCCUCUCCCCUUUCAUAGCACAGGGCCGUAACUGGGAAAUGUUUAUCUUUGUGCCAAACCUUGCUAUGUGCGUACAGCUUAAUGAAUGUUCAGAGUGCAACGAAACUUAUUCAGUAAAUACAGAAUUCUGAUUAAAAAAACGAAAAAAAGAAUGUAACUUUUAAAGCAGAUAAAUCAUAAGGAUGCUUGAUUUGAAAAAAUUAAUUUGUUUUCUUGUAAUUUUCUAUAUUUCAUUUACAUUAUUUAUAGAUAAGAUCUGCAUUUUUCCAGAAUAUUAAUGACAAUGACAGAUGACGUUAAAAUAUAAAUAAUUAAUAUACAAAUGAAAUUUUUACCGUAUCAUCCGAGUUUUUGAAAAUUUUGGGAAGCAUUUGGAAAGUGUUUAAAAAUUCAAAAUGUUAUUGGUGAGAUAUAAGGUAUCUGUGGUCUCACUAUCAUUGCUUACAGUGAUAUGUAUUAAAUCAUUCUAAUGAGAAAAACAUAAAAACCAAUAAAAUUUAUUAAAACUGUUAAAUCUAUCGUAAGAUCAUACUAGUAAAGCUUUAUUCUAUUGUAAUUAUUAUUAAAAAAAUAUAAAACACUUUAUAAUUAUUUUUUAAGUAACAAAGUCCGUUUAAACUAGAAUUGUAUGGUUUUGUAUACGAACUAAAAGUUGACGCUGGUUUGUUAUAUUUUCAUUAUUAUGUUUUUAUACGUGCUUAAUAAUUAAUAUUUUUAAAAACAAAUUAUUAUUAAUAAAAAACACUUAAUCUUUCAUAUUUAUGCAGAAUAUUAUAAAAUGCUAAAAAAUUACUUGUCUUACGAUACUGUAACCGUUAUAUUAUAAGACAGAAAUACAAAUUCGGUAUAUUUAUUGGUAAAAUUAUCAAUAGUUUCUAAGACAUAAUACACGUACAAGGAAAGAAAAUAAUAUAACACAAGAAAAUUAAAUUAGAACAUUAGUAUAUUUCUCUUUUUCUCCUUCUUUGACUUUAGAAAAUAUAACAUUCCAUGUUGCCUCAGGUACAUUCUAGUCUCUACUAGAAGCUUUAAAAUUUUUAUUCCGAGUAAAUCAGAAAUAAUAAUAAGUUAUCUACUGUUACUAAUAUUCUGGAAAUAAUAUUAAAUAGAUUUUAGUUUUGUAUUCAUCUCAAAUGGAAAAAAAUUGUUAUGACAUGUUUAGGCACCUAUUUACGGCACUGACUUUUCUUUUUAAUAUUACCGUUACAUGAGAUAACAUACAAUUUAGAAUUAUGCUUUGGCAAGUAAUAUAAGAGUUGUCAAAACCAUGGUUUUUGAGCACACGUUUAAGUGCCUCAAAAUGUUGUGUAUAUUACAGGAGCUUGGCUUUAGAUGUUAUAUAAUUACAUGUACCUAUACAUUAUAGUGAAUAACGCAUAUGAUAUAUUUGUUACUGAUAUGCGUACAAAAAUUGAAAUAAUGAAUAUUAAAGGAAAACCAAUCUCCUGAACUAUAAAACAAUUACCAACAUGUAUAAUUAUACUUUACAUUUAUAAUACUGCCUUUUAAUUUUUUAUAUCUGAAUAGUCGCAAUGUUGGAUAUACAGAAAAAUUUAUUGUCAACUGUAAAUUCAUCAAGAUAUUAAUUGUUUCAGUUUAAAUCGUGGUGCUGUAAACACUUUGCUUUAGUCUCAGUCUUGUAGCACAACUUAUAUUAAUUGUAUCUCAAUGAUACCUUCAACAUUUAAUGUAAUUCAGUUGAUUACAUCAAGAAACAAGUACGGUAUAUUUAAUACACACAUAUAAAUAUCUUUUCAUUAGUAAAUUCACUAAUUCGCAGAUUAAUAUUCACGAAGUGAUUUUUACUUUUAUUUAAUGUAAAUAUGUCAUAUUGUUUCUUUUUUCAUUUACUUUUUUCUGUUUUCAUUUUUAUUUUUGUUUUGACAGAGCAUGAUAUAAAUAAGGGAAAUAUACACUAAAUUUGGCUAUUUAAAAGAAAAAUGAAACUGAUUUUGAUUGCAAAACAUUCUUAUUAGUUUUCUUUUAACUUAUACCAUGUAAUAUCUCAAUAUACAUGCAGCAGUACAUCAAUAUCAAUUUUUAGUUACAUCAGUUAAUAAUAAAGUUUAUUUUCUGCAGUUAUAUAAAAGAUAAAUCGUUUCAUCAACAGUACGUCGCGUGCACAGUAUUUUUAUUCCAAAUAAGAUUGAUAUUGUUUAAUGUUAUAUGUAUUUUAAUAUCUUACUAUCGAAUAAAAAUAAAAGAGGAAUAAUUAAUAGUUAAAUGGUAUAGUAAUUCGUCAAUUAAUUUGCUUAGUUUAUAUAUAAUGUAUAUUAGCGUGAAUUUACUGAUAAAAAGAUUAAUAUAAAUACAAAAGAUAUACACACUUAUAUAUAAAUAAAUAAAUAAAUAAAUAUAUGUAUAUAUAUGUAUAUGUAUAUAUAUGUUUAUAUAUAUACAUACAUAUAUGUGUAUAUAUAUAUAUAUAUAUAUAUAUAAAAUUGGAUAAGCAUUAACAUUUCUUGAUAAUGGAGUUUUAGAAAACAUAAACAAUGUUAAAGUGAUUUGUCUUACUUUAUGCGUUACCCCAUAAAUUAUGUAUAGCUAAUUAUGUGUAUGCUUUGAAUAUUCGUUUUAAUUAUCGCUACGGAUUAUAUGUAAAAAAAUUUGAAAGUUGAUUCCUCUCUAUACAUUGUCUUUACUAAAUGUAUGGAAUUUAAUGUAAGAAAUGCUAAACUGUUGGUAUAUAUUAUAUACCUGUAUAAUAUAAAGUGAGAAAUAGACGCACCAAUACCUUGGAUCGUAAUGAUCGCUUAUUCUGUCAACAAUAACAAAUCGUAGAGUUACGUAAAACAAUUAUUUUGUAAAAUCAAAUGCACAAGGUGGGACAUUUUAAGCUUCACAUAAGAAGGACUGGUAUAGAAAAAGCUUUUAUGCUGGCACUGUAAUUAAGAAAUAAGGUAUAUAAUGAUUUCAAGUUAAUAUCGUUUGAAUGGUCCAGGGUAAGGGUGGCAUACUGGAAUAAAAUUGUGAUUGGAAUGUAUGGAAAAAAGGUAUAUUAGAACUCAGUUCUUUUUUUAAUAAGCUCGUCACAAAAUCGUGGCUGAUAAACUUACGUUAACUCAUCCAUCAAAAUAAACUGUGAUUAGAUUGAAGUCCAACAGAAAUACAAUGUAUAAUGUACUCCGUUUCAUAGGCUACAGGCCUAGAAAGUCUGAUUUUUUAACUAUGAAAACUUGUGUAUUAUAAUAUGAUCUAUGACGUUUGUUUAUUACUAUGUAAAGUGACAAAUUUCAAAAUUAAACAUUAAUUACUGUUA